UCCCCAUAUCUUUGAAGAGUUGUUUAAAGUCAACUAAAUGACCCAUAAAGCCAAAGAGGACUUUUAUAUUCGCAAUACAACGAACACGGGGGGAAAUUGAUCCGUACUUUUUAAUUGCUAAAUGUUUGUCUCUGUAUCUUGCUGUCGCAUGCUCUGCCUGUACAUGCAGAAGCCCUAGUUACAGACUUGAUUCUCUGAUCUACUCCACAGUUGUAGUAAUUAAAGAAGGACUCCCCUCCGGAGAGCGCGGCCGACAGACAGAGUGGCACACUGAGGCGCAGGGUGGCAGCGCUCUGAUACAGCUAGAGAAGCCAAUGUAAACUCAGCUGCCAACCGGCUCUGUCCUCAUUACCUGCCUGCUGUGUUCCUGCCGCGCCUGCUUUGCCUCAGAUCGUCCCCUCCGUCCUCUCACAUUAGUGUUCAGUGGGAGUCCUGUCUGCACACCACCAGUCAGUUUUCUCCUGUGUUGGUGUCUUCUGAUGGAUGAAUAUGUCCACUACUAAUAAUAUCGCCCAGGCCAGGAAACUGGUGGAGCAGCUGAGGAUUGAAGCAGGAUUUGAACGCAUUAAGGUGUCUAAGGCAGCGGCGGACCUGAUGAGUUACUGUGAGCAACACGCUCGUAGCGACCCUCUGCUGGUUGGCGUGCCCACCUCUGAAAACCCUUUCAAGGACAAGAAACCUUGCAUCAUCCUAUAGCUUCACACAUGCUUUUUAGCACUCACACACACACACACCUACACAUACACACACACAUACAUAAAACAGAUGCACCGAUUCACAUAGGCUUACACCUAAAAGUUCACAUCUACAAUGAACAUCAGUCCCUACACUUCCUCAGACGUCAAGAAACCCUAUCUGACGUUUCAGGGCUACACGCACACAGUCACUCCAAAUUUUAGCCACACUGAAACAGUGCCACAACCCAGAGCCACCACUAGGGGGCAGGUAUCUUGCCCUCAUAGUUGCUGAGAUGAGUUAAACGUAAGAGUAUGGUCCAAGGUGCUUUGGUAUUUUUCCCAUAUGCUGGUGAAUUAACAACCGCUUAACGUGAAAAGGGACUUUUGACAUUAACAAUCAGUAAGAAGCCUGUUUCUUUUCCGUCGCUGGUCAUGAAGCGAGGUGUUGGGUAAACGAUGGGCAGCUGCUACAAAGGCAGGCAGUGGGAAGACGCAUGUGGGCAACACAAAUAAGUGGUAGGCGCGAGGCCCGACCGUGCCAAACACGACCCAGUGUCGCAUCCAAAAGCUCAAUAAAUGCUUAUUUUUCUGCGGGAACUAUCCGAGAGCUUUGUCUUUAGCUAGAGUCUUUGCUUUGGUUAGACCACAGCAUGUUCCCUCUCGAAUCCGUAUCAACAGACCUCUUCUCCGCCUGCGGCCUCUCUUUGGCUGCCUCCAGCCUUUUUGGCCAAGCCUCCAGCUGUGCCAACCUGUACAAAAACCUGUCUCUAGAUGCUGAUUUGCUGUCACUGGUUCCGCUGCGGCUCGUGAUAGCUGCUGUGGGUUCAAAAUCGAUGUCUUAGCUGACCUCAGACCUGCACCAACCACAGGAAAGCAGUGAACAGCUCAACAAAGAACUCAAGCUAUUAACCGUGGACGUUUACUGCUUCUUUUUUUUUUUUCUUAAGAAAUACUUGUUUGUGAACUCAAUGUAUGUUUAGGUAUUUUGUUGAACCAUUACUUAACAUUUAAGACAAUACUGUACUUUUUCUUUUUAUUGUUUUACUCUGAUAGGAGGCGUUACCCCUGGAUGACAAGGUUUGAAUCAGGGGUCUAACCUUAUGGGACCUUGAAGUCUCUACUGUACAUCAAACCUUCGUGUGCUUUACUUUAAGAGGGAGCGAGGCCACAGAUUGACCAUACUGGAGAAUCCAACUGCAGCAAAGGAGAAAAAUCUGAUUUUAAUAUUUUAAAAGAAAGGAAACCUUUUGGGUUUUCAGCUCAUAUUUGCUCUUUUGUCUGUAUUUUAUGCAUAUAGACACAUUUGAGGAAUAUUGUAGAAAGACAGAGAUGUAUGCAGAUUGAACAACCAGGCUAAACUUUAUUUAAUCACAGCCCAGAGACUGGAUCUAUCUUGGAUUCCCCCUUUCUGUGUCUUCUGCUCCUCCACCACGCUCCUCCGAUCUAAGAAAACCAAACAUGAUUGUAAUAACUGAAGAUGAAGAAGGAAAAAAAAUGGCAUUAAGAGAAACAAACUAAGUGUAAAAACUUUCUUUUAGACGUGCAGAAGUGAUAAGUUGAAGAGUAGCUGUUUUGGCUUUUUAUUUUUUCUGUUACCUUCUUUCUAUGGAGUCCAUGAAAGCUGAUCAGUUGAGUAUUAUUAACCUGUACAGUGUUUGUAAGAUACAAAAUCUAAACACAGAACACCCCCUGUCUGUGGAUGUUGGAAUUUUUACACAGCUUCUUCCCUUUCGUCAGUCAAGAUCAUGUCCGUCUUCUCAUUUUUCUUUCAGUUUUUAAAGGCUUGCCACUGGGGAGGUUGGUUUUAGCCAUAUCUAAAAACAACUGCAGUCAGGAUUAUAUCAAAUAAAACAAAACAAAAAUGUUGCAAGGCUAAAGAUAGAGUCUUUAUGGGGGAAAUAAUCAACAUCAGACCUCAUUUUGGUGGCAAACACCCAACCUCCUGAGCCUUUCUUUUCUCUGAAGCGGUACAUUUUUGGGGCAACAAGCAACACGAGUGUCACGCAUCUACAAUUUCCUUUGCUGGUCCUUUUCAUGCUAGACAGCUUAUCCUAAAAGGACUGAACAGAAUGGAUAAAAACAUAACCAAAACCUUGCAAAAAUAGGGUUGUUUGAUUUGCCCAGUGCUGUUAUAUUUGUCGAGGGUAGGGUACCGUUACAGAGCAUGAUAGUCUCGUGUGUAAGACUGUGACAGAAGUUGUUGCUCCUCUGUUGCAAUGUCCAUGUAACCCGGAGGUGAAGCUUAUUUUUGAAGGCUGUGAGAGAUUCUUCUGGCCCCUGCUUCCUCAUGCGAGUUCUGUACUUACAUCGGUGUAGCGAGCAUCGGUGUGUAAAAGCAGACUCUGCUGAAAGAAGCCAGACUGCGUUGGACAUUUUCUCUAUUGAUGCUGAGCUUUCAUAGGGGAAGCCAAAAUCACCAGUUAGCCUAUUUUUACUUCCUCUUGUACACGGCCUUGCUUAUUUUGCCUUUUGUUUUUAUUCAGAACAAAGAGGGCUGGCAGUUUCAAAAGUUUAAGGCUUCAGGUUGGUAGUGUAGUGUGCAUGGGUGUUUUGGGGGUGCUUUUAGCUAAAAGGACAAUUUAAAAGAUCAGGGAGCUUAUAGAAAAAAAAAUGCAGCGCGAAAAGCUUCUGGUCCUGCUGGGUGUCAUAAAGCAUGGCAGUGUGACAACCUUGUGGUCCUGCAGUUCUUGAUCAGGGUUAGUCUGACCAGGGGAGAGGUCAUGUGUUUUGGCUAUUAUGCUAUUUGUACUUGGAGGUCAGAUUUUCAGCGUGUCCAGCUGGAAAUACUCUGAGACUUUCAACUCCAAGUUCAAUAUCGUAAUAUGACUGCCACUAAAGUUGCUGUCUUUUUUUUAUUAUUAUUAUUAUUUAGUUAUACUAUAAAUAAGGGACAUGCUAUCAAAAGCAAAAUUCACAAUAGGUUGAGUAAAGUCUUGUGCAAUAUAUACAGUAUGAUAGUAUUGUUAUAUAAAAAAGCCAUUUGGCUUUGUUGGAAAUUUAAUCCAUAAUUUAAUAUCGUCAAUGAUACAGUAAAUGAUGAUAAAAAUCACAAUGAUCAUUUCUGUAAAAUAGAUAGUAAGAAGUCAAUUAAAAUACAAACAAAAAAUAAUUUCAAACAAUAAAAAGCAAAACAGGCUGUUCACCUAAUUUAGUGUUUGUCAAAGAUAUGUUUGCUACUCUUAAGUGAUUCAAGGAGUCCUUUGUCUUUUUUACAUAGCGUUAUCAUUCUUACGCUCAUUCUUACCCUCAUGGCCAGUCGAAACUCCUAACUGCAUAAAAAGGCAGACAUUGUGCUUUGCCCCCCACAACUGUUAUGAGUAACGAGGCUGAUUGGAUGUUAAGGACUGUGGAAUCUGAUAAGAUACAAGUAGACCCAAUCUUGUCCUUUUUAUAGAGGAUUUCCCGGCUAAACCAAGACGGGUGGCAACCCUAGCUGCCCCACAAUAGGGAAAGUGCUAGGCAUAAACUAUGUAAUUUAACUGAGUUUUUUUCUCACCAUACACCAGUGGCAAACACAGACCUCUAUUGGUGAACAUGUUCCUUAUUAGUAUUUGAACACAGAAAAUGGAGGGGAAUACAGUAUCGGCUCGUAUAGCUAAUAGUGGUUUGCACCACAACAAUAAGCAAAUCCCUGUGGUUUUCCAGGGUAACUGAUUCAUGACUCAAGCAUCUAUUUUUCCAGACAAAUCAAAUACAGUAUUAGCCUCUGUUUAUUUAUCAAAGUGUGCUCACUUUAGGAUGAAGUGGGAAAGACACAAAAAUGCUACACGUUGAACUUGUUUUUUUGUUUGUUCAAUGUUUUUGUUUUUCAAAAUGGUGGAAGCUAUUUUAACACCAAGGCUAGUAUGAAACCUAGUCAAAUUUACAUAGCUAACAGAUUAAAAUGCUCUCCCCUGGGCUAAUUAGCUUCUCAGAUAGUUUUAGCUACAUUUUAUUUCAAACUUUCAUUUGUGCCAGUCAAUAAAAAUGAAGACAUAUCAGUACCCUUUAACAUCUUGCUCUUUUGGAUUCAUGAAAGAAUAAGUCAAGAUUUACAAAACAUUUUUAUAAAACAUAUCUGUUCAGUUUGAAGGUAAUGCCAACAGUUUGCCUAGCUUAGCUGAAAGAUGACAAACAGCUGUAACAAAAAACACCAUUCAGCAUUUCUGUUUAUUUCUUUUAUUGCACAUUUUACCUCUUUCACAUUGUUUCUGGUCUGAAAGCUAACUUAUUUUUUUUUUUGAAAGCUUUUUUUAAUAGCUAAGCUUAAUUGUGCCAUUUAAUAUGACCAGCAUAGGACAUAGCAGUAGUAUGGAUCCUGAUAUAUUUUCACAGAAAAUGAAAUGUGCCUAAAAAAUGUCAAAUUAUGAAUCAAAAAUAAUUUUAAUGUAGCUGUGUUAAUGUUUAAAUGGAUGGCUAUACUGUCAUUUAAGAUUAAAUUACUUGUUAUAGCGACUAAAGAAAUACUGUUUAAUAUCAGGAGGUUAGUGCAACAUGUGGCAAGAAAUUAACAAUUACAGAUGUAUGAUAAGAUUGUUUCUUCUGACCCGAUUAAUGAAAGGGAGACAAUUAGUACAUUGCCUCGUGUUUUUUUGUUUGUUUCUUUUGCUUUUGUAAAUGGGUAUUGAAAAAGAGGUUUAAAGCUGCCGAGACGUAUUAAAACAUAAGAUGUGCAUGCACAUCAUGUCAGCUCACACAACGUUGCCCUAAAAAUGUCUGACAGAAUUUUCUUUUUUUACAUUUCUGUUAUAUUUUCUCAAUCAUUCCAUCUCUUCCUGGGCUACAAUCAAAGACGGCCAGGCUGAAUUGCUGACUUUGCCGACAGUUUGUCUGAUUGAUUAGUUAUUAGUUUGCCUUAUAGUGGCGUAUAUUGUGUUAAUGCUGGUCGUGGAGUUAUCAGAUCAACAGAAUGAACCGUUUUAAAGUGGACCAUGUGGCUCACAUUGUGAAUUCGCUAAGUGAGCUCAACAAAAUAAUUUUUUUGCUCCAGUGAGGAGAGUUUGAGGCUCUUCACCGGUGGCAUAUCAUAUCAAAUAUCACUCAACUGGCUUGGAGUCCCAUCUGAGACCCAUCUUUUGUGUUCUGAUCUUCUGUGUAUGCAUACAGUAUAUGUAUCCUUUUUGCCUUGAUUAUGGGAAAAAAAAUUAUCUAUUUUUUGUAACUGUUCUCUGAUGUGCCAUAACUCAUGUUUUCUUGCACACUGUUAAUAUUUUGUGGAUAUUGCUGUUAAAAAUAUUGAGAAGUAGAUAACAUUAAUAAAAAGAUGAUAUAAUAACACAA